AUGGAGGAAGCAAAGACAUUACUGCAAGACCUGUGUGAGAAGUUCAAGAAUCCGGUGGAAAAGAACAUACUUGUGGCUUUAGACAGCCAAAGAAAGGAGGAAAGGAUGAAGAUGGAAGCGGUGACGAAAGCUCUCCAGGAAAACGUCCAGCUUUUCAAAAAAAAGAACAUCCAGCUUGAGGGAGAGGUGAGGAAAUACUCUUACACGCACAGCAAGAAAAAUGAUGCGUUCAUGGAGAUAAACAAUGAAAAGCUAAAGCUUGCCAAAAAGAUAGUCGAGCUUGAGGACGAAAACGAAAAAAUAAAAGUGGGCAUCAUUGCAACAGACAAAGGUAUCCAAGAAAAAGAGGAGAGGCUACGUACUCUGUCGAGGCCCUCCUUCAACGAGAUAUAUCUCGAAAUUGUCAAAGGAUUCGGAAUUGAAUUCCUCGAGGGGGAUGGAAGGAAGUUCUGCCGGAUAAAAAAUAGAAAAAUAAGCGAUGUUUUCACAAUUGAUAUCGGGUCUGACAUCUCCAUGUUUGAGAUCACUAAUGCCAUCUGGGAGAAGAUCUGA